AGAUAAUAUUGACUUUAGUAACAGUGUCAAAUAAUCAGUUUGGAUGAGAUUGAUUUGAAAAAAUUAUAAAUAAUAAAAAUCUGCAAAAGAUGGAGUGGCCAAGUAAGAAUGUACCUAGGGGCGGUAUUUUACACCCCCAAAGAGUUAGAUUCAACCCGGAAACGAAAAACUAUUUGAAAAUACUCAUGGAUGAGAGCAAAAUGGCCAUGGCUCAGAGGAAGAAGAGCGAGUACAACCUGAGAGAUUACGAGUCGACACCAACGACCAGAAGAUCGACGAAGAAGAGACUGCCAAAAGUUACCAUCAGGCCCGGUUCUUCCAAGAGGAGAAGCUACGAUAGCAUCAUCAAAUCUGGCGCCUUGGAGAGGGAGGCGUUCGUUCCAAAGCCAUUAAUCAACCGGGAAGUGGAGAAAAGAAGGCUCCAGGACUCGAUGACCUACGGCCAAAACGGACCGCCAAAACCCGUUGUCAAAAAACCCGUCAAGAAGCCGGAGAAAUUCAAGCCAUUGAACAGGUUUGAUCAAUUGGUUCAAGAAAUCAGGGAGAGGGAAGAUUGGAUUGCUGAAAUGGCGCAGCUUGGGCAAGAUAAGAAAUAUAAGGAAAUAAUCGAUCUGCAGAUACAGGAGAGGAUUAGAGAGAUGAACAGAUUGGAUUUAGAUGGGACCGAUGAUUCCAAAACGCCCGGUACAACAGUCAGAAGUGGAGUGUGAAUUGAUUUCGAGCCAUAUUUGUUGAGAUGUAUUUUUAUACUUUUUUAAUUUCCUCAAAUAUAGUAUACGAAUUCUUU